AUGACCGUUUCGCCGAAGAAUUUUGGGUAUAGGAGCACAGUCGAACAGGAGGCAAUCGGAUUCUCUCUGUCAUCAGUUCUGAAUCAAAAAAGGAAAGACUUCUUCGAAUUAUUUUCCGCUUUUUGUUCAACAUUUGAAGUGGUCUUUCUUUUUUCACCUACGAGUUCAUAUCACUGCAAAUUAGCAAAGAUAAAGCCUUGUGUUGAUAAUGCGCGCUUACUUGACGACACUAUCAAUGAAAUCAUGGAAAGAACUGAUCAACACGGUUACGCAUUUUCUCAAGAGGAAGGCGGCGUAGUUUCUCAAAGUGAUGUAGUACGACGGUACGAUUCCACUAAAACAAAGCCCUAUGGUCUAUAA